CACCUAUCCGCUAGCCUGUUGCGAUCAUCGUACCAUCCGAGCCGAGUGCCAACCUCCUACGAUCCGGCCCAUUACUUUUUUUUUUAUACCUACGACCUGUUUGUUGGCCUUCUUCUUCCCAUGUCGCACGAUCCCGAGUUUUGCGACGUCGAGUAAACAAAUUCUCCCUUUCCUAUCUCGACCGACGCCCUCGAGAUCCGCACCACCUCCAGACGGGAGUCCAGACGUCCAGCGCUCCAGCCACCGGAAUAUCUACCUCUGCUGGUGUAAUCAUGGCGCCCAAGUCACCUCCCUCGCCAACGCUCUCACAACUACCUCCGGUGCCAUCGAGCCCAACCUAUUCAUACGCUUCUACCGCAAAUCCGAACCUAUCGCAGUUCAACCUGCCACUGCCGCCUCCGCCCAAGCAGGCGCAUGCUGUCCUUACCAAGCACGAUCUUGAAGCAUCGCAGGCCGCAUAUGCGGACCUCGUCUCCUCCGCCAAGGCCUUUCGCCUGGCCCUUACUUCUCUCUCCACUGCCGCCUCCGCCUUCGGCUCUGCUCUCGAAUCUUGCGCUCGUCUAAAAGAAGCCCGCGCCGAACAGAUCGUGUCCGCUCCCUCCGAUCGAGGCGGGAGUCCGGUACAAGGUGCCCAGGGCCAAGGCGGCGGUCCACCCCCGCUGUUAAUGGCCAAUGGCUUCACCUCUGCAGCCCAGGGCACCACAAAGUCCACCUGCACGGCCGACACCCUGCUCACCGUCGCUGGUUUGCAGCAUCUCGUUGCCAACCACCAGCACAUUCUGUCCGAGACGGUCUACCGCUCAUUCGAGGUACCUCUUCUCCACGAGUUAGACAAGUGGCGUGGCGCGGUUGAGGAUGAAGAGGAAAGUUAUGCGAGCGCCGUGUCCGUGCAGUCCAAGGAGAUCAGACGGUUGGAGAAGGAAGGGAUGAAGCUGCAUAAGCAGCGCAGGAGGGACGUGGCCAAGUUCCGGAGCCAUCUCGUCGAGUUGACCACUAAGUUGGACGGUCUCACAACGCUGCAUGGCGAGCAUUCCAGGACACUCUUGAGGGAGAGUCAAGACACCAGCGCCCGUAUCGUGGAAGCGAGCUGUUCACUCGUCCGAGCCGAAAUUGACAUUUUCGAGAGUAUGGCGCGGAAGGGGUGGACAGGUGGUGGACUUGAGGAUGUGCUGGAACAGGGUCAGGAUCUCUUCGCCAGCGAGGAUGUGAUCCCAGACAGGACCGUUGGACAUUCUGACGGCAGGUUUGGUGGGACAGGAGGCAACAUCGUCGCAGGCGGUGCCGGCGAUGGCGGCAUAGCGAGCGGCGGCGCCGGUGAGGGAAGUAAGCUGUUCAGCAUCCUGCCGCCAAGGAGUAUUCUCGCCGAUACAACAGGCGGGGGAAGAGAAGACACCCUAAGACUGGUAGGCAACCAUCACCAAGCGAGAAGAGGCACUGAAGACUUGGGGUACGAGACUAAUCAAUACUCCCAACAGAGCCUCGCGGGCGCUAUUCACUCCCCCGACAACCAAUCAACAAUCGUCUACUCUCCUCGCACACCCCCACGAGACAAGGACACGGAAAGUGUCUUCUCUUCCGAAGUUUUCAACCGUCCGCGGGGACCACGCCCCUUCUCCCCUCAACCACAACCUCUCGCCCUCAAUCCCAAGUCCCUCUUCGGCACAUCCGACUCUCCAUCUCCCACCGGCGGGCCCCGACAGAACGACGAAGGAGAACAGGACCCUCUCUUCUCCCCACUCGGCAACCAAUCCCUGACCCUCCCUCUCCCCGGUAGCCACGCCACCGCCAACGGCGGCGACGACGAAGACGACGAAGCUCUCAUCUCUCCCUGGCGCGACCAAAUUCCCUACCGCUUCCACCCGCCCACCGAGCCCGACGAGGAACAGCAGCAGCACCAGCAACAGCAGCAUGAGAUUCGGCCGCGAAGCAACCAAAGCAGCAGCAAGCGAAGCAGCUACUCCGGCCGCCUCAGCAUCUCGCUAGGCAUCAACCGGAGUCUGACCAGCAGCUCGCUGCAGAGGCUACAGCACUCGUCUGCCGCAUCCACCUCCGCCCUUCCCUCAGAGGAGCACGAGCUGCGAGACGGGAGCUGGAGCUACAGCGGGCGACCGGGAUCGGCGGGCGGGUUGAUGAGCUUUGUGUCUGCCUCUAGAAUGGACGUCGCCACCGGCAGCAGUAAUGAUGACCAGUACCAGAGCCAGGACGAGUAUACUAUCCACAACAAUUACGAAAAGAACGGGGACAAUGGCGAAAGGGAGGAAGAGAAUGAUAUAACGCCGACGAUAACCCCCAUGACCCCGCCUAGACAAACGGCUACGGCAACAGCCAGUUAAGGAAAUUGGCUGCUACCGUCAGGUCACAAUGACGACGAGGUCCGGCUAGCUCGCCUACCUUCUACACCAUCUUCUACUGGUGAAAGGACCAGGAGGUGGAGUUUGGGGACAGAU